AUGACCAAUAAAAGAGUACUCGAGUCAUUAGUAAGAGAACCAGCUAAAUUUCAGAGUUAUGUACGCCAGCGAUUUGCUCAAAUCAACCGUCUGGAAGAAGAACGAUACAAGUUUCCUCAAUAUCAACAUAAAGAAGCACGCAAACAUGAUAAACUUAACCGUUAUUCUGAUAUUGUACCUUAUGAUGGCAAUUGUAUUAAACUAAAAGAUACCAGGCUUGGUUCUGGUCAUGAUGGCUACAUCAAUGCCAGUUGGAUCAUAGCACCUCAUGAUAUUCCUCGCGUCUAUAUUGCGACACAAGGCCCUACACCCAAUACAUUGAUUGAUUUCUGGCGUUUGGUGCUUGAGCAACACGUCCCUGUGAUUGUGUGUCUGACAGCUCAAAUGGAUGGUAAAAUAGAGAAAUGCGCUCGUUAUUGGCCUGUUGGAGACCAAGUACUUGAAUUCAUACAGCAGGAUGUGACAGUCAAAGUAAGCAACAUCAAACAAGAAAGACAAGAUGCAGAAGCAGACUGUAUCUUGAGAACUAUUUCUGUUGGUUUUUAUCGUCAUGAUGAAUUGAUACAAGAAGCAAGAGUCACUCAGUUGCAGUUCUUGGGUUGGCCAGAUCAUGGUGUUCCCAACCAGACAGCCAAAGUAAUUGGGCUCGUUCGACUGACGCGACAAUUACAGGAAACAAAUAAACCAGUGCUUGUGCAUUGUAGUGCAGGAUGUGGAAGAACAGGUACAUUUUGUGUGAUUGAUACAGCUGAAGUCUUGCUGCGUACACACCCUGAUUUCUCAUUGGAUCCUGUCUUUUUCUUGACAGACGAGUUUCGUAAACAACGCACGACCAUGGUACAAGCAGAAGCACAGUAUAGUUUUUGUUAUAAAGCUUUAUUAGAUUUUAUAGAAGAAGAGAAAUAA